UAUUUAUCGGUUGGCAAACAUUUUGUUUGAUUGAUAUUGAACCAUGUAUGUGUGUUGGGGUAAUUUGAUCUAAAUAACAUAUUGACAAUAUAAGGUAGAAGGACACAUCAAACAUUACAGUCACUGUAGCUACAGCUAGAACACAUUGCCUUGGUAGACCUACUGUUAAAAUAUUAGAUCACCACCCCAUUCCUAGUGCUUAAACCAAUCACCCAGGGCUAUUGUUAGCUAAACUGCUGCUGUGUGGUGAGCUACAGAGUCCCUGGGUGGAUCCAAAUGCUUUCUCACUGCUCCUCCUUCACUAAGCAAGCAACUUCAAGGAGACACGAAACAGAAUAAAGUGGAGAAAAGGAGGAAGUGAGAGAAAGUGGGGGCCAUUUUGGACUGUUUAUGUGAUAUAUUAUAUAUAUAUAAUCUCAAAAGUGGUACUAGCUGUAACAUUAAGUGUGAGUAACUGUUGGUGAGUUACGGUGAGUUUUCAAGCUCUAAAGGCACUUUGAGUGACGACAUUAGACCAUUUCCAUAUUUGUUUUUUAAGGAGUUUUUGUUGCACAUAGGUAUGCUUAUCUAAAGAGCACCAGCUCAUUGUUACUCCCAUUGGAAUUGUAACAUCAUGAUCAUCAUGAUCAGUCACUUCUUAAUACAAUCACAGUUUUUUUUUUUCAGCGGACACUAAAACACUCCUAGAGGGACUGAGUGUGGUUCAGUGAUUAGUACUGAGGCUGUUCCCCUGCCUCAUUCAUCCAACACCCAAGGGAGCCAACAGAGCAGGAAAUGUGUUUCAGUUUAUCAUAAUGAUGACAGCUACGUGAGGAAGACCAUUUGUAUCAAACUUAGAUACUUUAAUACGGCUGAGAUCUUUUUUUACAGUAUUGCACUUUUACAAACUUCUCCAAUUUGAAUAUUUCCAAAGUUGCUUGAACUGUGUCUUGUAAUCUUAUUCCAAUGUUUGUACUGGAGGCAAUCCGAAACAGAGAAUGCAAUUUAAUUAAACUUGAACAUUGUUUAUUUUGAUUAAAUUCUAGCUACAUUGUUUUGUACUGUUUUCACAAGUCAACAUUGUUUAAGCAGUGACAUUACCUGAGCACCCACCAGCAAUACAAACACAGUCCUACUCACGCGCGUUUGACUGAAUGCAGCCUGUGGCUAUUGCCUUUGACAAGCAGCUCUGACAGAUCAGUAUUCAAAUUCAAAGAUCCGUAUUAUUUCUUGUUUUCUUUUCAUUUUACUCCCAUCACUUGCCUCCCCACAUUGUUCCAAAUAAGAGGUGUGUGAAAGAGACCACCCAGCACUCUCCUCAUGAAUUAUUCAAAGUAUAAGAUGUGAAAGUAUCAUGGUAGGAUAAUUAAUCAUACAACAAAAUAUAGAUGAAGGGUAUGUUUUGUUGCUCAAGUUUGGCUUGUUUUGUUUUUGGCAAUACAUGAAACUCGUAACAGAGCUGGGAAAAAAUGAACCGUGUCACUCAUUACUGUACUGUAAACAACUUAAUAUGUGACAUCAAAUCAAGCUUAUUGUCACAUACACAAUCAUACACAGUACAGCGUUUAGUGAAAUUCGUUCUCUGCAUUUAAUCCAUCCAAAGUAUUAGGAGCAGUGGGCAGCCACUGUGCAGUGCCCGGGGACCAACUCCAGUUCUAAGUGCCAGUGCACAGGUCAAGGGCACUGACAGGAAAAUUAACCUAAUAUACAUGUUUUUGAUAGUGGGGGAAACCGGAUCAGCCGGAGGAAACCCACGCAAUCACUGGUAGAACAUGCAAACUCCACGCAGAAAGGCAAUUCACAUUUAUCUAGAGGAACCAGAGCCCAGAAGGUUUGGGGUCCAGCAGAAAAUCAACCUAGACAGACCUAAUGUGGAUGGUCUAAAACCAGUAGAGCACUUAACCACCUUUUGCGUGUGAACUAACAGAUUUCAUUAUCAGUUAAUCUGUUGAUUAUUUUCUUUAUUAAUCGAUGAAAUGUUUGGUCUAUAAAACAUUAGAAAACAAUGAAAAAUGCGCAUCACAAUUUCACGGAGCUCAAGGUAAUAUCUUCAACUGUCUUGUUUUGACCGAUCAACAGUCCAUAACCAAAAUAUAUUCAGUUUACAAUGGUAUAAAACAGAGAAAAGCAGCAAAUCCUCAUAUCUGACCAACUGGAACCAGAGGAUGAUUAGAGUUUUUGCUCGAAAGAAAUUAUGACUGAAACGAUUUAUUGAUUAUCAGAGUUAUUGUAAUUUUCUAGCAACUGAUUAAUUGACAGCUCUCUUUUUUUCUCUCCUAUACAAAUUCCUAUACAAAGAAGCUGUUAUUUGGUAGACUACAUCAGUACAUUUAUUAUUUAUUUAUUAAUUAUGUCUCAGAUUAAGUCCAAACUAUAGCCCGACUGACACUGGAUUUUUGUGGCUGAUGACAAUGCAGAUAUUUAGGAGUUUAAAAAAAUGUGAUUGUUUUUGUUUGGUUUGUUUUUGCAUUUGUUUUGUUUUUUACAUGAAUGCAGAAACAUAUAUUCCUUCAAUCUGUUUUCAUGAAGAAUUUCAGUCUGGCACUAGUCACAAUGUAAAUAACGGUGACAAAACUAAGAAUACGAAUAUGCAAACCAUUCUUUGUCAUUUAUGUGAUUGCUGCAUUUAAGUGAUGAUACAUGAUACAUGCCAGCUGUAUCCUUACAAAAGUAUUAGGCUAUUAAAGUUCAUGACAAAUUUUAACUAUAUAUGGGAAUGGAAAUAGAAAGAUAGCACUAUACAAAUGUUUGAUCAUCAUACCGAUAUCAUUUUGAAUAUACGUGCACAUACUACACUGUAAAUAUCAUAUUAUAUUCAUUAUUUCUGAAAAAGAAUGGCCAAUUGGCAAUAUGUUCCAGGCAUAGCUUGGGCACUUGGUCUCUUUUUAUGCUUCUUUAUAGCUGCUCAGGAGAAAUCAGGAAUGGAUAAGUGGGGGGAAAUAAAAUGAAGAACAAUUUCACUGAUAUUCUAAACUUGAUGCAAGCUUUAGGAAAUCUAUCCCACAGUGUUCGAAGUGAACGUUAACAGCAUGAAGCACCAUAAAUGCAAUAUUGACUGAGACAUUGCAGACAAGAAUCAGCAGUCAUUUUGGACAUUAUCUUUUGCCACCUGCUGUAUCCUUUAUUUUAUUUUGUUGCUGUUCUUCUACAACAACCGAGUCACAUGAUCUGAUCAAUAUUCAAUACGGCUUUGUGAUCCUUGCAUGGACUAUAAUCCCAUGGGAGAACCAUAUUGGAUAGCUAAUAAUAGCAAGCUAUAAAAGCAGUCAAACCAUUCCAAGCCUGCUUAGAUUUGUCCCCUGAGAGAUCAUUGACCCUUUGUAAACCCUCUGUAACUGCUGAGACUAAGUUAUGUACUGAACUACUAACAUCAGAUCAGAACAGGAAAGUCAAGUGGAUUUAACUUCGUGAGUAUUUGUUUAUUGUCCCCAGCUUUUCAAUUUUUGUACAGUGGUAGCCGAGCUUUCUAUCUGCAUAUGCAAACAAAAACAUCUGAACAUCUGCAUUGAUUUCUAUUAUCUUCCAUUUUACUACUGUAAAUUGUACUUCUAAAGGUGGCAGAUGACCCUAGUAGAUUGGAAAACAACAUGGAAAAUUUACAAAAUGCUUUAUGCCUAUUUGUAAAUGUAACCUUUAAAAAGUAUACAGUAAAUACUCUAUUUUAUAAACCAUUAUCAUUUAUUUGUGAAGAAAGAAGAAAAAGAAAAGAAACUGUACUUAAAUUAAUUUGAAUUUUAAAAAUGUAUCUGCAUGGAUUGUCAAUAUCAACACUGUAUAAUACUUUGAACCUUUGCUGAUAUGAGUGUGAAUAUACCAUUGAUCCAUUGGAGUCAGUUAAUACACCAUUACCUUUCCCCUGACUGUGUUUGAAAUACCAGUGUAAAGCGAAAUAAUCAUAUAUGUAUCUUUUAAAGCCUCUUUUUUUUUUCUUACACCUUACAUCAGAAGAUGACUGAGACUAUAUUAGAGAGAAAAAUAUGGAAGCAGAUAUCAAGGGCUGAUAUUAAGGACUACAUGAAGCUACAUUGUGUUUUUCGAGGCGCUACACGCUGCCGAAUUGAAAGGAGUUUAAUGGCACUGAGCUGCAAGGUCAGAGGCCAGAUCUCUUGAUUGGGUGAGGAGAGGGAAAACCAAAGAGGAGGGAGAGAGGGGAAGACAAAGAGGGAGACAUCGAGGAACAGGCACACGCAGAAAAUAAUAGCACAAGUGAAUGAGAUUUAAAACAUGGACGAGAGGACGAGAUGGAGAGAUGUCUUGCAGAUAUUUGUACAAGAUUUCUUGCCAAGUAUACUGAAACACUGUUGGGACGUCACGGAGAUGCAUGGAGCCGUGACAGAAUGGUCGACUGUAUAAGCAAAGUCAUGCUGCACACGGCCGUCUCAUGCUGGCAACCAUUCCUGGGACUGGCCCUCGUGGCUGUCUUUGUGGGUUCUUCCCUGGGAUGUCCUUCACGCUGCGAGUGUUCGGCGCAGAGCAAGGCAGUUGUCUGUCACCGCAAGCGCAUGCCCAGCAUCCCGGACGGCAUCCCAACAGAGACCAGGAUCCUUGACCUGAGUAAGAACAAGCUGACAAUGAUCAACCCUGAUGACUUUGUUGCCUUUCCUGGGCUUGAGGAACUUGAUCUCAGUGGAAAUAUUAUCAGUUAUGUUGAGCCUGGAGCUUUCAAUGCCCUGUUUAACAUGCACUUGCUCAGUCUCAAGAGCAAUCGUAUCAAACUCAUUCCUCUGGGCGUCUUCACAGGCUUAACAAAUCUUACCCGACUAGAUAUAAGUGACAACAAGAUUGUGAUCCUCCUGGAUUACAUGUUCCAGGACCUGCACAAUCUAAAGUUUUUGGAAGUGGGUGACAAUGAUCUGGUUUACAUUUCUCACCGUGCAUUCAGUGGACUUUUAAGCCUGGAGAUGCUAACCUUAGAAAGGUGCAACCUUACAGUUGUACCCACUGAAGCCCUUUCCCACCUACACAACCUGGUCAGCCUCCAUCUACGAUACCUCAGCAUCAGCACUUUGCAUCCUUACUCAUUCAAAAAGCUGUUCCGGCUGCGGAAUUUAGAAAUUGAUAAUUGGCCUUCACUAGACCAUGUGCCAGCCAAUACCCUGCAUGGCCUAAACCUGACCACCCUGUUCAUAACCAACACCAACUUGUCCUCAUUCCCUUACCAAGCCCUGAAGCAUCUGCCCUACCUGACACACCUCAACAUGUCCUACAACCGCAUUAGGCACAUUGAAGGGGGGAUGCUGAUGGAACUGGUUCGGCUUCAAGAGCUCCAUCUGGUUGGAGCUCAGCUAACCACCAUUGAACCGUAUGCCUUCCAGGGCCUGCGGGGGCUCAAAGUCCUCAAUGUCUCUCACAACCGACUGGAUACACUGGAGAAGGGUGUUUUUCAGUCUCCUGAGGCUCUGGAGGUUCUUCUGAUUGACAACAACCCCUUGGUGUGCGACUGUCGUCUCAUGUGGAUCCUACAGAAAAGGCACUCCAUCUUCUUUGGGGAUUCACAGCCGGAGUGCAGCACACCUGAAGGUAUUCGUGGCAGGCCUUUUAAGGAGUUUAAGGAGACUCUCCUGUCUUAUUAUGUGACAUGUACCAAGCCAAAAAUUCGUGAGAAUAAAACUCAAACGAUCACUGUGGAUGAGGGUCAGCAGGCGAUGUUGCCCUGCAGUGCUGAGGGGACACCAAGGCCCAUUGUGUCCUGGUUGUCCCCACGUCGACGAGUUCUGACAAGUAGGAACCAUGGUCGAGUUACCGUCCACAACAAUGGUACACUGGAGAUCAAGUCAGCAGAGGUACAAGACAGCGGCGUGUACCUUUGCCUUGCCUCCAACACUGCUGGGAAUGACACCCUGAUGACUUCAUUGGCGGUGAAAAGUCUGGGAUCGCUGUACGCUAACAGAACCCAGUACUACACAGAUCCCAGCAAUACUACUGCCAAUGGGACGGCUGGUGUGACCCUCGGUUUAGACCUAAAGACUAUUUUAGUGUCAACAGCUAUGGGUUGUUUCACAUUCCUGGGAGUGGUCUUGUUUUGUUUCCUGCUUCUUUUUGUUUGGAGCAGAGGGAAAGGAAAACAUAAAAACAACAUUGAUGUUGAAUAUGUGCCUCGGUCAAAGUCUAACGGCACUAACGUUGACUCGGCAGAGGGACAAGCUGGUCCUCGUCGUUUUAACAUGAAAAUGAUGUGACUUCCUAUAUAGAACCAAGAUUCUGGAUUUUGGAAAUUCCUAAAGUACAAUGUAUUUUUUUGAAAAUCGGACUACUGAACUCACUGCUGCAGAGGGAGUGGUAGUGAAAACGUUUGAGGCAUCAUAACAAGAUGAGCAGUACCUUGAAUCACUGGAUCUUGACAUAACGCUUGGAUACUGUGUUUCAAAUACCGAAAAUCGUAAUACGACAUCCACUUACAUAAUUGCCAUUGGGCAACUUCUUCAGCGUGGAUGAGGAGUGAAAACUAUUGCCUCCAUGGGGACCUGAAGGGUAUAGGUGUCAUUUAUCAGCUUUUUGAAAUUUAUAUACCCAAAAAGGACAUUUCAGUUUUGGGUUGGAUCUACAGACUCUGCUGAACCAUGUACAGUAGAAAUUUGUAUCUAAGCUAUUAACCUUCUUUGUUUAGUCUUGCGCCAUGCUUAUUCACUGAACAAAUCAAUGAAACAGACCAUAAUUUCCUAUGUUCAAUACGUUGCAUAUGUGUACCUAAUGCUUCAUUAUGUACAUGUAUGUACAUAUUCAUUCAAAAGAACUAUUCAUAGCAAUAUUCGUGGGAUGCAUUAGCCAACAUUGAUAUACCCCGUAUGUUCAGCAACAACAUUCUUCAGACUUUAAGUUUCCAUGGAUUCAGGAAGGGCUUCUGUGGGUGAUUAUCUGUCCCUGCUCCCCCAAUUGACUCCUAGAUAUUAACAAAUAUAUAUUAUUUAUCAAUGAAAAUAGAAGAAAAAAGAUUGUAUUUAUGAAAAAUGUGCAUUUUGCAAAAAUCAGUCCUCAAACACUGUUCAGGAUCUAACAUAAAACUUGGAUCAUGAUAAAGAUAACCCAGUAUUGGUCAAAGUACCUACAUGAACCACCUUUUUGUCCCAUUUUUGUCUCUUUUUAUUACUUUAACUGUACCUUUACUGGCUGGCAAAAUACAUGUGUCAAUUUUACUACAGUGACAUUUGCAUAAUUUUCCCCAGUAGGAAAUUUGGACUUUGUUGUGGUAGUUCCUCAUUUUGUUGUUGAAUCAUUUAGAUUGUGAAAACUUCAAAGUAAAAGUUAAAAAAAAAUGUAUGUGAAAUAAAUGAAGAUGUAUUUGUA